GUGACGAUCCGUUGACUGAAGCGUGUGGAGACUUUUUGCGCGCUUUUUGCUUUCAUCUCUUUGAACAACAUGGAUUUUUACGAUCACAUUGUUUUAGACAACAGCUCAGACUCCGGAUCUGGAGACUUUGACUUUGACGAAUUAUGUGACCUAUCAGUCAGCAAUGACUUCCAGAAGAUCUUCCUCCCUACUGUUUAUGGGAUUAUAUUUGUCCUGGGGAUCAUUGGCAAUGGACUUGUGGUGCUUGUGAUGGGCUUCCAGAAGAAGUCAAAGAACAUGACGGACAAAUACAGGUUGCAUCUCUCCAUCGCCGACCUCCUGUUUGUUCUCACGUUACCCUUUUGGGCUGUGGAUGCGGCUAGCGGAUGGCUUUUUGGAGGAUUUCUGUGCGUCACUGUCAACGUAAUCUACACUCUGAAUCUGUACAGCAGCGUGCUGAUUCUGGCCUUCAUCAGCCUGGAUAGGUACCUUGCGGUAGUCCGUGCCACAAACAGCCAGAACUUUAGGAGGUUGCUCGCAGAAAAGGUGAUCUACCUCGGAGUUUGGCUACCAGCGACCAUGCUCACCGUGCCCGAUCUGGUUUUCGCCAAAGUCCACAAUACGGGCAUGAAUACGAUAUGCGAGCUCACCUACCCACAGAAAGCGAACAUCGCGUGGAAGGCUACUUUCCGUUUCCAGCACAUCAUCUUUGGCUUUUUACUGCCUGGGCUGAUCAUUCUGACCUGCUACUGUAUCAUCAUCUCAAAACUGUCCAAGAACUCCAAGGGGCAGGCCCUGAAGAGGAAGGCACUGAAGACAACUAUCAUCCUCAUCCUCUGCUUCUUCAUCUGCUGGUUGCCUUAUUGUGGCGGCAUCCUGGUGGACGCUCUGGUGAUGUUGAAUGUCAUAUCUCACAGCUGCUUCCUGGAGCAGGGUCUGGAGAAAUGGAUCUUUUUUACUGAGGCGCUUGCAUAUUUCCACUGCUGUCUCAACCCCAUCCUUUAUGCUUUCCUGGGAGUCAAAUUCAGUAAAUCCGCCCGCAACGCUCUGAGCAUCAGCAGUAGAUCAAGUCACAAGAUGCUGACCAAGAAAAGGGGUCCUAUAUCAUCAGUAUCUACUGAGUCGGAGUCAUCUAGUGUCCUGUCCAGUUAAUGGGCACUUUGUACAUAAAACUUUUCUAUGUGGAUGACUAAGCUUUUUUUUUUUUUUUUUGUACGACAAGACUUUUUACUACACUUUUUGUAUAUAGUAAACUCAUUGUGCUAAUUGCUAUUUUGUAACACGUUUUAUUCAACUACUUAAAUUAUUAUUAUUUUUUUGUGUUUUUUUUUUUUUUUUUUUUUACUUUUUACUGCAUGACCUAAAAGGCAGAGCCUUGACAAAGUCUGUACUUACAGAAGUUCUUAUCAGAAAAUGUUACCAAACUGUUGCAUAGUCUUUUGUCUGAUUCUGAACGUGUAUUGUAAAUUAUUUGUACAUAGUUCAUUGUUUGCGUGUGUGUGUGCGUGCACUUAGCUUUUCCUAUUCUCCUAUAAGCUUUUUUUUUUAAUUUAUUGAAAUGGUAGCUAACACUGUAAAGUAAAAAAAGAAAACCAAAAAACUAUGUAAAAGGGGUUGCAAUUUAAUCAUGUCACAAAUGUUGCAUUUUUACUUCUGUUUCAUAAUAAAACCUAAAAAUCACAAAUUUUAA